CGUGAUUUUCAUGUUUCUUUUGCAGAUGCUUGUAUGCGAGGAUCGCAACCAUCUCGAGAUUACUUGACGUUACACGACCCACUUAAUUUCACCUUUGAUAUCAAACGCACUCCUCACCUCUUCCCCAACUUCCAUCCGCCACCAAUUUACACUGUUCUAUCCUAAUUUCUUCUCAUCUAGCCUUCUUUCAAUCGAUCAAAUUGCGACUCCCAAGUCCUACGAUCUACUAUGUCUAAUUCCGGUAUAGAUAUUCACAGUUGUAAAUUUUUGGGACUGAAUUCUGAUUGCCUCUUCUUAGACUCGAAACCUCUUACGGCUUCUCAGCAGGAUUUUACGCCAUGUUACACCUUUACCGUAUUCGACCCCUCCGCAUUCGGCUCACACGCAUAUCUAUCCUACUGGGAUCCUCGCUAUCGACCUUGCCUUCAUGGUUACAACCGUGCUAAGGCAUGUGGGUUCCUCAAAGAACUUGUCAAUCCGGGGCUCCAACUCAAAGCUGGUCUUGACGCGCCCGAACCGCUCCAAGGUUUUCAUGUGGACUUUGCAAAGUUCAGGUAUCAAUUUGAGGAGUCCUUCUCUGUCCCGUUUAAUAACGAUUAUGUCGAGUGCGCAAUCGUUUGGUUCCCCCCUACGCCAAAUCCGCCCAUCCACCUAGGGAACCGCAUCACCGAUCAGCAGUCCUUGCAAAGUGCCGUUGAUAUUACUCUCGCAUAUACCCCGGAGUACAACAUUGAAAUAAUGGUUUACUUCCCUCAAGGUUUGCCCUCAGUUGCGAAACCUGACUGUCAGGCCACCGCUCGCCGCCGAACGUGGUUAAGCAGCCCAUGCGGCGAUGCUCCAGAUGAAGGCAUGCCGACUUCAUAUCCUCGCAACGGUAGAAUAUUCUCUUGCUCAACUUUGCCUCUCCUCUCGCCGUUCUUCAUGGAUAUCCUUACUCGCCAAUCUCAAAUCCGGUCACUUACACCCUUUGACUCCUCCUUGGCUCCCCUUUCCGACGCUUCGUCGACGGUCAAGUAUGAGUGGGACUCCCAGCUUGGCUUAAUUCAUGAUGACGAGUCUGCUUGUUGUGACAACCUGCACAGCCCUGCCCGCGUCGAUCGAGUCGCUUCUCGGUUAGUGAUGUUUUUUCUUCCCCCAUCUCCAAGUACCCCAUUGUACACCUGAUAGUAUUGCUAACGUCUUCUAGUGAUUCCUUGAUCUCAUCUCAUGGUUUGCAGUUCACGGAGGACAUCUUACGUCGCGCUCUGGAUUUCUUUGAUCACAAAUCCUCAACUUCUGACGCCGAGCAGGUUGAAGAAGAGAACAUUUUGGAAGGGGAUGAGGAUCUCACGUGUUACGACAAUGGUCGAGUGGUUGUGAUUCCUGGCCUCAAGGUUAAUCUUACCUUGGCAGAAGCCAUUACUGUUUACCACUUACUGUGCCAGCAACAUUCAUCAACUCGGAAUUCCCUCAUCGCCGCCAGCGAGGGCAUGUCCCGACCUCUGGUUGCAUUUACGUGCAUGGUGGUCCAGCAUCGUGUCAAUUUGGCUUGGGAGUGGCACUCGGAAAACGCUCUUGGCCAUCACCAUGGCUUGUCCGGGGUAGGCUGCAUUGAGGAUGAUAGAUGCCUUCGGUUAUUUGGGUUGCACUGUCCAUGCCAUCCCCAUAGUCCCACGCACUUUGUUAAGCCACGCAACGGCUGUCAAAUUGUCCUCCUACCUCCCUUACUUAUGGAGUACUGGACCUCCUCGUUUGACCAGUAUGUCUCACUCACCGAGUGUCCCUCGCCUGGUAGCUCGGUUGUUUUAGUGGUCGUCACGGACAAGGAAGCCGACCAUUCCACUUCGAUGUCGCCUCAAGUCUUGCGCAGCUUGCGUCAAAAUCUCCGUUCAUCCUUUAGACAGGAUGGAAAGCUUGUCUAUGUAUCAACUCGUCAGCCCUCGCUGUGCAGUAAUCAUUUUAUUCUCAGUACAGCUAAGGCGUACCGGGAGUCCUUUCUUCCCCCAUUCACGGUUCCGAUAGCUCCUUCUGGUGGUUAUACUGGUCAUACAUACGACAUUACCAUUGCUUCCAUAUGAUUGGCGUAUCAUUCCGAGGCUCAUGGCCUCCAUUCUCGUGACAUUGACCACGGUGGCCUCCUUUUCCUAAACCGCCACCUCGGUACGUCAGUCAACAUCUUUAUGGCUUCGCCCGAUUACUCCAACUUUCCAGAAAUCGUUAGGAAUAUCGAGUUACUAGCGAGGCUCAAACCCUCUACCUGGGUAGAUGUGCCACACCUCGCAUUGCGGACCCUGCUUCCCUCCAUUGAUACGGUUCGCGCUUCCCUGGACGAAGUUCGCGAUAUUGCAGUCCAGAACGAAACUCAUGCCGCCAUUGCCUCUCUUGCAGCAUCUAUCGAUGCUCUGCGGGGGGCGUUUCAUCGACUCGUCAUCUCCCCUCAGUGGUCCCACACUCUUUUGGGUCAUCCAUUGGUGCCCAAGUCCAACUUGGUUGUCAGGCGCAUUCCUUGUGUAGACAACACUAGCACCCUUCGGGUUAUUAAUGACCAGUUACAGGUAUACGUCCGUAAUAACCCAACUCCAGACAAGAUGCGCAUCGCACGCUUCCAACUUUCCCAGGAUUUCCAGUCAUUAUUCGACAUGACUGGCUUCGAUGGCAUCAAAAUGUUGCUCUCUUGGGAUGAAUACCGAACGAAGGUCGCUUCUCGUCAAUGGUUUCCAUACUCGACUCCCUACCACAAGAAUCUCCCGCCCAUUGGUUCUGCAUCGUCUAAAUGGACCAUGUUGCGAUAUCAUAUUCUCCCCCGCCUUUUUCAGUGCAAAGAUUCCUUUGGGUUGCCCAGCCGCGUUGCCAUCGUUUCUGAAUUUCCGAUUGCGUCCAUGAUUCUUCGUCUGAUAUGAGUAUUCUCUUCUAUGUCCGUUGGCUCACUUGUUGAUUUUCCUAGUUGAUUAGGCUCUACUUCCCAGACGUAAAUCUUCGAGUUUUAGAACCCGGCGUUUCUGCUUGCGUGAUUACCCGCUAUAUCGACGAUUUCAAGCAGUAUGAAUAUCCUCACAGUCCCACGAUUCUCAUCUCGCCCGCCAGUUUUUUUCGACCCACAGGCACUUUCCCUCCGGAAAUUACCCUCUCGGAAUUUUCAGCAGUUAUCCUUUUGGAACCCCCGGGAGUUUCCUCGUGCGGCUUCGACAUUUUCUCUAGUCUGGUCCGAGAUGGCAAUAUAAAUCAUCAAGUUGAGGGGAUCAUCAUGUAUUGUCCUCAGUCUGUCGGCGAGCGGCCUUCGGACGCCCCGCGGGGCGGCUAAUAAUCGUUCGACGUGGAUUUUAUUCUGGUACCUUGUCAUGCAUGGACAAUAAGAUGAUGGCGUCUAGGGGGUCACGGAUAUUUUGUAGCAUGAAUUUUCUUUACGGCAACAUGAUUGCUUCAAUGCAUCAUUUCUCGUCUAGCUCCCCUUCUUGUGAUGUAGCGAAAGCCUCA